CGUGGCAGCCGAGGCCGGGAGGGCACUGUUGCGGGGCGCGCGAUGGCCGGGCAGCAGGAGCCGAGCUCUGUUACGCCUCCGGGUUCUCAGAAGCUUCUGGACACUCUGCUGAAGAACCUCUAUGACUUCGGAGAGGUGGAAGAUGAAACUGAACAGAAGAGGAUCAGGAAAAAAAAGGAAAAUAAGAGAGACGUGGGGGCCACAGCUGCCUUGGCGGCACAGUCAGUUUCCGUACCUGGUUCUCUUGGAAAAGGCCAGAAGAAGAGUGCAACCAGCUUCUUCGAAGAACUCCGAGAAGAGCUGCAUUGUGCUGCUGUCACCCCUCCUGGUUCCCCUUCUGGGCCAGAAGUCCCCACUGCUGCAGUGUCUCCAGCUCUUCCCAGGAACAAAAGGAAGCAAGUUGAAGUGGUAGAAUUUCACAGCAGAAAUAAAAAAAGAAAGCCGGAGCAAGACCGAGCUGAGUGCACGAAAGCACCUAAAGCUAAUGUCCUUGAAAAUGUGGAUGUACAGGAAUUUAACCUAGAAAAGGCUCGUGUGGAAGUGCACCGGUUUGGGAUCACGGGUUACGGAAAGGGGAAGGAACGAGUCCUGGAACGGGAGCGUGCCAUCAUGCUGGGUGCCCAGCCUCCCAAAAAUAGUUACGUGAAUUACAAGGUUUUGCAGGAGCAAAUCAAAGAGAAAAAGGCAGUAAAGGAAAAAGAAAAGAGAGCGGCCCAAGACACAGAUAUUUUCAAGAGAAAGAAGAGGAAAGGGCAAGAAGACAGGAAGCCCCAAAAGAGGAAGGCGGCUCCCAGUAUUUUGUCAAGCGGACGGAUUGGACAGGUUGGGAAAUUUAAAAAUGGGACGUUGAUUCUGAGCCCUGUUGACAUUAAGAAGAUCAAUUCUUCCAGCGUGGCUAAGUGACCUGCUUUAUCAGAUAAGGACCACGAGACAAGCCACCGUGCCCUCGGGCCCUGCAGGACCUCAGGACUGUUCUUGUUGGUGUCACAGGGUGCUUUUCAUUUUAGGGGUAAAAGUCAAACAGCUUUUCUAGUUGCUGAAGUGUGUGCGCGGUGCCGAGUAAGCGAGAGGGCACGAGCUGCAGAGGCGUGCGAGUGUCCUGGCGGGCUCUGCGCACCUUCUGCUCGCUGGUGUUGGGUGCGCUUGCUCCUGAACGCUCUUCACGGCUGCAGUGUUCUGUAAGUGCUCGUGAUGGACAUCAACUGGCCUUUCAGUGUCUUUAGUGGCUUGAUACUACUAUAUCAUGAAAGAUCUAAGAAUGUGCUGAUUUAUCAGGUUUUGGAAAAGCAGUUUUAAUCCAGCCGACUGUGUGUAAAGCCCACUUUGUCGGAAGUUACGCAAAUAAAGCACAGCUUCUGCAGUG